UCUAUUCCUGCAGAUUUGUUUUAUGAGGGACCAUUAAGAAGGAGAAGAGUGACACCUUCACACACAAACAGCUCCUACACUGAAGUUAUUUUGUGUAAGGUGUCGUGCUGGCUGUGGCAAAACUCAAAGAUAAAUCAUACACACACUCUGGCUGUGAAGAAGCUUAUGAAGAUGUGCAGAAAUCAGAGCGGAAUGGAGUAGCCUGUUAGAGAACUGUGGAGACAAAACUCAGAAAGGCAGGCAGGUCCGGGAUAGGCGCAAGAAUUCCCUCUUUCUGGUUCGCAGCUGCUUCCUUCCCGCUUGGCAGAGCUCCGUUGUGCCUUGAAACAUGGCCCCCAAACGCCCAGCUUCGCUCGUGCCUCAAGCAAAGAAGCCUAGACUGGCUCCAGGCCCCAAGCUGGCAGUCACAGGGGCCUCUAAGGGUCUGUCCAAACGAGAAAAAGAACAAGAAGCAAUCGACCAUAUUGAUGAAGUACAGAAUGAAGUAAACACACUUUAUCAGCAAGCCAGCAAGGAGAUUUUGAAAGUAGAACAGAAAUAUAACAAACUCCGCCAACCAUUCUUUCAGAAGAGGUCAGAAUUAAUUGCCAAAAUCCCACAUUUUUGGGUAACAGCAUUUGUCAAGCAUCCACAAGUGUCUCUGCUGCUUGGAGAGGAGGAUGAGCAGGUGCUGCGUUAUCUGACCAGAGUCGAAGUGGCAGAGUUGGAAGACAUUUUACCAGGUUACAGAAUAGAUUUUUAUUUUGAUGAAAAUCCCUACUUCAAAAAUAAAGUUCUCUCCAAGGAAUUUCGUGUGGAUUUGAGUGGGAGUCCAUCCUCAGAGUCCUCCGAGAUCAAAUGGAAAUCCAGAAAGGACUUGAGAAAACGGUCAAAUCCAACACAGAACAAAGCCAGCAGGAAGCGGCAGCGCGAGGAGCCCAAGAGCUUCUUCGCCUGGUUCUCCGACCACUCGGACCCUGGCACUGCUGAGCUGGGCCAGGUCAUCAAGGACGACAUCUGGCCAAACCCACUGCAGUACUACUUGGCUCCAGAUAUGGACGAUGAGGAAGGGGAAGGAGAAGAGGGAGAAAAAGAAGAGGGAGAAGGAUUGAAAGACAUUGAUGAAGAAGGGGAUGAGCAUGAAGUUGACGGACUGGACAAAGCUUCUGUAGCAAAUUCAGAUGGCCCGACAACAGGUUCCCAAACACCUCCCUUCAAGAGAAAAGGGAAGCUGUCCUCCAUCGGUAAGAUCUUCAAGCCUUGGAAAUGGAGGAAAAAGAAGACCAGUGACAAAUUUAGAGAAACCUCAGCAGUGUUAGAAAGGAAGAUAUCCACCAGACAAAGUAGAGAGGAGCUGAUAAGAAGGGGAGUUCUUAAGGAAUUGCCUGAUCAAGAUGGAGAUGUAACAGUUAACUUUGAAAAUUCAAACGGUCACAUGAUACCCAUCGGCGAGGAGUCUACCCGAGAGGAAAAUGUAGGAAAGUCUGAAGAAGGUAAUGGCUCUGUAUCUGAAAAAACGCCACCUCUGGAGGAAAAGGCAGAAGAUCAGAAAGAGAACUCUGAAAACCACUCUGAAACUCCGGCAGCUCCUGUUCUACCUCCUUCAGAUCCUCCUAAGCCUAAACCCAAACCUAAACCCAAAAAAACACCUGUGCCUCCAAAAGGGGCUGCCGCUGGGGCCAGCCACAAGGGUGACGAAGUGCCUCCCAUUAAAAAAAAUGCCAAGGUUCCCGGUAAGCAGGCCCCUGUCCCUCCACCUAAGCCAACAAGCCGAAACACGACCCGAGAGGCUGCUGGUUCCUCUCAUUCAAAAAAAUCAAGUGGCUCCAAAUCAACUUCACCAUCUACUUCAUCCACCUCAUCUCGUCCCAGAGCUUCAAAGGAGACAGUUGCUAGCAAAACAGGGGCACUGGGGACUGCAAAAGGCAAGAAGAAAACUGGCAAGCAGCCAACAACAUCUCGACUGUCUUCCGAACCUACCACUUCUGGCACAGAAGACCUUACAGGAGAGCUUCCAGAAACCAGAAUGGAGAGUAUCAAACCCAAGCCAGUUGUCCCAGGGACAGAGGAACCGAGUACAAGCAAGCCCAAGCCUUCAGUCCCUUCAUCGCCCAUGGCUCCACCACCUUCUCCCCCAGCCCCUUCUCUUCCUCUUGAGGAUCAAUGCAUUGUUGCCUCAGACACUCCAGUUGUCCUGGUCAGCAACGGAUCUGACCUGCCCGGCUCUGCCUUAGACCCAAGUCCAUUCCUUUGGACUGAAGAACCAACAAACAGAACCACCCUUCCCUCAGGCACUGGCUUAAGUGUUAGCAGAGAAAAUGCAAAAUGCUUCACAACCAAAGAUGAACUGGGGAAGGCAGCACCUCAGCUACUCACCCCUGGACUGAUGGGAGACCCUUCAGAGUCCUUCAGUGCCCCUGAGGAUGAGAGCCCACGGGAGUACCAGGCCAACGACUCGGACUCAGAUGGACCCAUCUUGUACACUGAUGAUGAUGAUGAGGAAGAGGACGGGGAUGAGGAUGGCAGUGGAGAAAGUGCUUUGGCAAGUAAAAUACGACGAAGGGAUACUCUUGCUAUCAAACUUGGCAACAGACCAUCCAAGAAGGAGCUAGAGGAUAAAAACAUCUUGCAGCGCACAUCGGAGGAAGAGAGGCAGGAAAUUCGGCAGCAGAUUGGAACCAAGCUAGUCAGGAGACUCAGCCAGAGACCCACAACUGAAGAAUUAGAACAAAGAAAUAUAUUAAAACAAAAGAAUGAAGAGGAAGAGCAAGAAGCAAAAAUGGAACUUAAACGCAGACUCAGCCGAAAGCUCAGCCUGAGACCUACAGUCGCAGAGCUCCAGGCUCGAAGGAUCCUGCGGUUUAAUGAGUAUGUAGAAGUCACAGAUUCUCCUGACUACGACCGCCGAGCAGACAAACCCUGGGCCAGGUUAACACCUGCAGACAAGGCAGCAAUAAGGAAAGAACUAAAUGAAUUUAAAAGCACAGAAAUGGAAGUUCAUGAAGAGAGUCGACAGUUUACAAGGUUUCAUCGCCCUUAAUGAAGUGGAAGCCUGGAUUGAUCAUCUUUGGCGGGAGCUCUGCUUCCUAGAAACCCAAAGUUGCACUGGGACUUGAAUGUGUGUGUUUCCGUUUAGCUUGUGGUGAAGGAAGCACGUGACUCAGCCUUGUUCGAAAGAGUGCUUCACCUGUACAGCCCAAGUGGGACUGACGAGCCAAGGAAAAGAUGCUGUGACUCUUGCCUGUUAAAAUGCGUACUGAUGCUAAGGGACACCAGUUAUUCCUUGUCGGGAGCUUCAAUCAAAGAAAAGAGCAGAAGACAAUCGCUGGCUUCCUAUAUUAGCCGCAAGCCAAAUCGUAUAGUGCAAGUUCAGGACCAAUGGUGAUUGGAAUUGCUGAGCACUGGAAAGGGGUAGGAAUUGAAAAUUGAAAAAAGAAAAAGAGAAGUAUUUCAUUAUGUUAAUGAAGAAAAGAGAAAAUGGAGGAGAAAAUAUUUUUUGAAGAGGCUAUUUGGUAAUUGAAAACUUAUUAAGGGGGUUGGGAAUCCAGUCACCCAAUGAGGAUUCCUUGACUUGAUCCUACAAAACUACUCUUGCUUCACCACUACGUUGGUACAGUAUGCUACCACUAUUUUAUGUUGUGCCAGUGAAUCCAGUUGCCAGAAUGAAGUCUGAAUGUUUCAUGCAUCUUUUUUCAUAAAUGCGGAAGACUUCUCUGGACUCUUAGCAAGCAUGCUCAUCCAAAUUUUGUUGCAUGCUUUAAGUAGCAUAGCUCCACACGCCUGGCAUUUUUUAUAUUCUUUUCUUAGUGUAUCGAUAAAGCUGCCACAGGAUAACAGGACUGGGAAUAAAGUCAGAUGUCAUAUGACCCUGUAAAAUGUAGCAGGCUUCAAAAAUAAAUCUUUUAGCCUUUUCCUAUCUUGCUACAAAGUCAGAGCAACUGCAUUUGACUCGGAGGAGACAAUCUCAACAAUCAUGACAUCUUAUUUCAAAACCUGACUCCAAAGUACCAAAUGUUCUGCCCAGCGCCAGUUCUGAGUAGCAGUGCAAAGAGCCAUUCACUACUGCAUUAGCAAAAGUUUGGCUGCUGCUGUUAGAAGGAAAUAAAGCAUGUGGUUCUAAAACUACUCAUCCAAAAGCUUAAAAGAAUACAGAAAAUUUCUGUUACAUGUGAGAAAAACCUCCUCUUCUUUCCUAAAAGUCAUGAGAUUGCAUCCAUAAGCACAGUAAUUGCUUUUAGUGCAAAAGAAUCAUUGGGAUAAAGUUAUAAAAUAUUUCCCUGCGAGCCUAUAGUCAGCAUUGUUUACAUUAAGAAACUGUUAUUGAAAUGUUAUUUUUCCACGGAGUCAGAGGCACAGUAUGAUUUCUGCUCCCAAGUACGUAUGGCCAUAUGUAAGUAUACUGCCUGUCAUUUAACUAUUCUUUCAUGAUUAUUUUGUGCCUCUUUUACUAAAAACACAUGAAAGAGAUAAAAAGAUAAUACCUAAAUAGAUUUUUAUUGUAUUCUAAAAGCUUGGAGUAGAAUUUUCUAUGGUGUUUCUCAUCCACAAUAAUAGAAGACAAUAAUUUCCUGUCCCAACCCAAAAGGCCCAUUUAAUCUGAUGGACAAAUUUAGAUCCUACUGCUUAUUAAUAUUUUGUAGUACCAUGGAAACCUGGUAAUGAAAAGUUAAUCUGUUCUAGAAAAUGUGGGGCCAUUUUUAUAACUAAGAAAGCAAACAGCAUUACACCUGUUGUUCCAUUCAGCCUUAUGCAUUGGUCAAAACUAUCAUAUGUUCUUCAGUGUUAUUUCACUGACAGAGUUAGAUAUAUUUUUAUUUUGAACGCUUCUUUUCUAACUGUCCAAGUGUCUGUACCUGGCUGAGGUUUUAUGUGUUUAUAGUGUUUCAGUACAACCAUAAAAAUUACAGUUGGUCUAAUUAUUUUUCCAAAAUCAUCCUUUUCCUUACACUAUUUCAUUAUCACUUAAGUGUCAUAAAAAAGUGCCAAGGGAACAAUUUUUUGUUUCAUUUGUAUGCUUAAAAUCUUUUGAGCUUUUUUUAAAUUUCUAAUCACAAGCUCUGUAUGUAAUGGUAAAUAUAAGAUGUUAUCAAGAUACAUAUUUUAGAAAAUUUUUAUUUGGUUGAUCAAAGGAACAAUAUUUUCAUGUUAGUGGUGGAAAUGAUGUAAUUGUUUAGCGUUCUAUGAAAUAUAGCCAGUAAAAAAAUAAAGAUCCAAUACUUCAAAAGUUCCGUAUAAAAUGGAAAUAAAAGAUUUUGCUAUCCACACAACUGAAGGAUUUUCAAAAAAGGCCAUGAAACUGCUUAGUAUCAAAAAUUAUACAUGAGAUUUUUUAAUUGGCAGUAAAAUAUUCACAUCUUUUAAUUUUAUUUUUCAUGAACUUUUUGAAGAUCCUUUGUAUUGUUUGCCUUGUAUAAAGCAAAGAUGCCUGAUUUAUCAAAUACCCAUACUUCUACAUUAUACUGAUUGAUAGGUAGAGAAAAAUUUAUGUUAGGAGGUUUAAAAGUCAAAAAAAAUUAGUUAAUGUUAAUCUAAUAUUUGUGUAAGUGGAAUAAGUUACUUUAUCACAACCAGUUAUUUUGUUAAAAUGAUCAUGAAAUAAUCAUCAAAGGCACAGGCACUGCUUGAUGUGUUGUCUGUGACCCUGUGCCCGCCCCCUCUCCAGUCCACCCAGAAGUCAGCUCACUGGCCCUGGGAGAAAGCAAAAGCAGCAGAUGCCGUCGUAUCAUUAAAUCUCUGUGAAUGGCCCAUGUUGCUGCAGUCUCCCUGCUAAGCUUAUGUCCCACAGAGACAAUGUGUGUGGGAAGUGGAUUAGUUGUGUGGUUUUCAUCGAAACACCAUUCUAGGUGUUUAAAGUGUGACAUCAGAUGACAAACAGCAAAUGAGUGGGUUUUCCUGAAUCUCCAAGAUGGGAUUGAGGAUGAAAACAAACCGAUCUCCAGGAAGGUCCCAUGCAAGAAAAAAAAAAAAAAAGAACCUAGAAAGACUGUGAAAACUAAUUCACCCUUUCCAUCUCUGUUGUGAACGGAAGGAGGAAACCGCAGAGCUAUUAAGAGAGUAAGUGGCUGCCCAAUGGAUUUUAUCAGCAUCUUCCUGAUCAUUACCAAUCAAUAUGACAGAAUUCAUCCAUGCAGAUCAGUGGUGUUUUAAGACAGCUCGUGUACUAACGCUGUGUAAGUGAAGUGUCUAGUAGUUUUUCUGUUAGUCAUAAUUUUUCUUUAUGUUAAUCCUUAAACUUGUUUAACUGAAAUCUACAAUAGAGAAUCAUUUGGGCUUUUGAGCAGCUAUUUUAAAGGGAGGGAAGAGCAAGCAUUUCUAUCCCUCUGACUUGCCAUAAAAGCUGACCUUCUGGUUUCAUCUUGAUAUCUUUUGUUGACAUAGCAACUGUUUUUCAAUCCACUAAUAAAUACAUUUUGUUAGAAGAAAAUUCUAAAAUGUAAGUGAAAAUAUUUUAAGAGAAUAUAAGAAUCUAAUACACCCUUCCAAAUUGCCACACUUGAAAACGAGAUGAGUCUUUAAGUUCUCUAGCUCAGGUUUUACACUCUACAGUUUCAGUGCAUCACUGGCUCAUAUGUUUAAACAUGUAACAGCUUAUACUUACAAGAGGAACAUUAACUAUGUUGCUACUACAUGUCCUAAUAGGUAUCACAUUAUCACGCUAGUGGACACUUGUUUUACACUGUUAGAGUCACAUGCAUAUGACUUUGGAAAAUUAUGCUGAAUUCACAAUAGGAGCAGCUGAUCUUUUCUAGUACAUAGUGGUGGUAUGUCCAUACUUCAAUCGUUUUUGUGCUCUAUUUUUCCUCUUUUGCUCACAGUUUCUUUAGUCUGCUAAAUACUCCUUGUAGCAAACUUCACAGUGUAAGAGUUCAUUCUCAGAUGAGAUGGAAUGAAACCAGCUCAAGAUACAUUCAUUUAUGUGAUUUUCCUCAAAUAUGGUAAGGCUUCCUAAAACCUAACCAUAUUGAGGCUAUCAUUACCAGUAAAAGUAUGUACUUUCAGAUAAGAAUUAAUUUCUUCAGGUCAUAGAGUAUGUUCUAAAUCCUAAGGAUCCAUUUAGAUACAAUCCAUCUACAAAAUUGUCCCUUAGCGUCUUGAGAUGGCUUAUCUUCCACUAUUGGAUAAUUUUCUCUAUACUCAUUGUACUUAUAUUGUUUUACUAGGCAAAACAGAUGAGCUUCUACAACUAAAAUAUGUCCUAGAGGCAAAAAGCAAUGGCAGAAGUAAUCAUCAAAUUGAUAGGAACAUCUUUCCCUCAAGAAAGCUCAUGUCCAGAUUUAAACCCAAAUUUCAAAAAGGAGCUAGGGCUCACCUAUAAAAGCAAAAAGUGACCAAAAGGUGGUUGGAUGAUGAUAGAAUACUCCCAAACCAUUCUUAUGUUCACUUUGCAUUUACAUGCUGCAAUCAGUAACUUUAAGGUUGGUGUAGAAAUGCAGGUCACCAUUAACACUUCUAGAAAGCAGCUGUAACAUAAAAACCUAUCCUUUUUAAAAGGCCAAUUCAUCCUCAAAACUCGCAUUGUAUGUAUUGAUUUUCUGGCAAAGAAAUGGAAAGCCCACAGUAGCUAUGUCCAUCCAAAGCCAGCUCUUAGAAACAGUCAUUUUCAACUGUGCUGGGAUUUACUGCACACACACAGAUGUCCCUUGGUUUGUCAAAUUGUGAGCACAGCUGCAUGUGUGAGCAGAGCGCUGUUGAUCAAUGUUUCUCAGUGGGGGUGCUGUUGGCAUUAUAGCCAGGAAAUUCUUUGUUGUACAGAAAUGUCCCACGCAUUGCAAGAUGUUUAAUGUCCCAGGCCCCUGCUGACUAAAUGCCAGCAGAUUUUCCAGUCAUUGUAAAAACCAACUGGGAAAAAACCUUCCCCCGGGUUCGAUGCCCUUCCCUGGAGGGUGGUGCCCCCUUACCUGAAUUCCACUCUCUCCUGCAGCUUGAGAAUGCAAAGGAAAAGCAUGUGCUCCAAAGCCUUGUCUCUCCUGCCUUGCAUUUCACUGGAUUUCAGGUAGCUUUACUUUGCCAGUUCUUCAGAGCAAAGAACACCAGGCAGCCUUGGAAAUUGCAAUGGGCAUUAUAACUUGUUCUGGUUGCUGGAUGUAUUUAAAGGACAAAUUUCACAUGAAGCAAGCUUUUCUGCCUUGAUUUUUUACUUCAAGGCUCACAAUUUCAUUUCAGGACUACACUGUUGGUCAAAAUCUCUGCCAAUCUUUUAAGGGUUGUCGCAGGGGUUAAAUAAACACAAACACAACUGCCGUAACAUUCCACAUAAGCAAACUACAUGGUCUUUGGGAAUCGCCUGUAGCUUUCACCUGGUGACAGCUGUGUUCCAGGAAUCCCCAACGAAUGGCAUGUUUAUCCGAUUAAUGGAGCAUUUAAUUCUCAUGCAAAGGCUAUGGUUUCCCUUGUACAAAUAUAGUCAUGCGGUUCAAGUUUUCUAACAAGAUUUUGCGUACUGCAUUUUGAAGGAAAUGUAGAUUAACUACAGAUUGCAUGCAUGUUGUUCAUUCUUCCAUAAUGGUCACGCACAAAGUGAGAUGUGCUGUACUUCUUGGAAAUAUUAAAUUGUACCAAUAAGGCAGAAACAUCCUUAGUUUCUUUUUCUCUAUCCCCAAAACUGAAUAGUCAAGAGGUCUUGAAGUUACUUGGACAAAUUGUAGCUAAAAGAAAAGAAUUAAUAUAGUCACUGUAAUUUAAAAAAAUAUAUUUAAAAUCCUAAGGGUUUUUAUUUUUCAGGCACAGCAAAGCAGAAUCAGUUAAGGUGAUUACAUUGUAAACUUACAGAUGGUGCUGAAGAAUUCUUUUUAAAUAGCAGUAUUUUUUUUUUAAGAGAAUAAACUGAAAGGAGUAAAUGAGGCAGAGUGCCACUCCACCCUCAGGUCAAUUUUAUGUUAUAUUAAGAUGCCAAUAAUAUUUGUACCACUUGCCAAUUUGGGGGGCUUUUCCCUUCUUGGAAGCUUUCAUUAUACUUUGACUAUUUGGUUGUUGCCACUGCAGCGCUCACUAGCAUUUGGAAAUUAUCAGAAUGAAUCAAGGGUCAAACCACUUUCAUCAAUUAAAAUGUAGGCACUAAGUUUUCUUUUUGUAAAUUGUAUGUGGUUUAGAAACAUGUCAGUGUGUUCAAACCAUCCUACACCAACUUCCACAGAUUUAGUACCUGCUAAAAAUUCUAACUACUCUUUUUUUUUUUUGCUAUGUAAAAUAGAUUUUUAAGUAAUGGGCCAAGUGUAUUCUUUUGUAAUUUCAAUCUUCUGUAAAGUGACCAGGAUUUAAGCUAGGGUCAUUGUCAGACUGACUGAACAAUUCCUGAUUUCCAGUGAGAGAUCUAGUCCUACAUAUUACACAGGUGUACUAUCUGUGAGUGUAACUGGAACUGUACACUGAUUAACAUGACAAUUACUUUUUUUAUUCUUUAUCUGUACUGUAUGAUAUAUAAUAUGUGAGUAUAAAUAUCUACACACACAUGUAUAUGUAUUCCAUUAUUAUACCCUGAAAGAAAGACUAUGAAUUAUCUUUUUUUUAUUC